AUCAGGAUAGACUGUAACCUCAGUCGAGGACCAGAGAUGCUGCUCGCCGGCCAGAAGCUCAACGACAACGAGUGGCACUCGGUGAAGGUGGUCCGGCGCGGCAAGAACCUGCAGCUCUCCGUCGACAACGUGACCGUGGAAGGCCUCUUGACCGGGGCUCACACGCGCCUGGAGUUCAACCACAUCGAGACGGGCAUCAUGACGGAACGCCACUUCAUCACCGCCGCGCCCUCCAACUUCAUAGGCCACCUGCAGGCCCUCUCCUUCAACGGCGUGCCCUACCUGGACCAGUGCAAGAACGGCGACAUCUCCUCCUGCGAGCUCAACGCCCGCUUCGGCAUGCGGCGCAUCGUCGCCGACCCCGUGUCCUUCGUGACGCGGGCCGGCUACAUGACCCUGGCCACCUUGCAGGCCUACGCCUCCAUGCACCUCUUCUUUCAGUUCAAGACGGCCAGCCCGGACGGCCUCCUCCUCUUCAACGCGGGAGACGGCAGCGACUUCAUCGUGGUGGAGCUGGUCAAAGGCUACGUCCAUUACGUGUUUGACCUGGGCAACGGGCCGUCGCUGAUGAAGGGCAACUCCGACAAGCCUCUCAACGACAACCAGUGGCACAACGUGGUGGUCUCCCGGGACGACAGCAAUGUGCACAUCCUCAAGAUCGACUCGCGCACCGUGACACAGCACUCUAGCGGAGCCCGUCACCUUGACCUUAAAGGGAACCUGCACAUCGGUGGCGUGCCAAAGAGCAUGUACGGCAGCCUGCCCAAGCUGAUCGCGUCGCGGGACGGCUACCAGGGCUGCCUGGCCCUGGUGGACCUGAACGGGAGACUUCCGGACCUGAUGGCGGACGCUUACCAGACGUCUGGCCCCGUGGAGCGAGGAUGCGGAGGUGUCAGCAGCACCUGUAUGGAGGACUCCUGUCACCACCAGGGGGUGUGUCUGCAGAUGUGGGAGGGCUUCACCUGCGACUGCAGCAUGACCACCUACGGGGGCCAGUUCUGCUCAGACCCUGGGACCACGUACAUAUUUGGGAAAGGAGGGGCCCUCAUCACGUACACCUGGGCGCCCAACGACCGCCCCAGCACCAGGGCUGACCGGCUCGCCGUGGGGUUCAGCACCCAGCAGAAGGACGCCAUUUUGGUUCGCGUGGAGAGCACCCACGGACUGGGAGACUACCUGCAGCUGCACAUAGACCAGGGAAAGAUCGGCGUGAUCUUCAACGUGGGCACGGACGACAUCACGAUCGACGAGCCCGCCGUCGCCGUCAACGACGGCAAGUACCACGUUGUGCGCUUCACGCGCAGCGGCGGCAACGCCACCCUCCACGUGGACAGCCAGCCUGUCAUCGAGCGCUACCCGCCAGGGAACUUUGAUAAUGAGCGCCUGGCUAUUGCUAGACAAAGAAUCCCAUACAGACUUGGUCGUGUAGUUGACGAAUGGCUACUCGAUAAAGGAAGACAGCUGACCAUAUUCAACAGCCAGGCGGCCAUCAAGGUGGGCGGUCAGGACAAGGGCCGGCCUUUCCAGGGCCAGAUCUCCGGCCUGUACUACGACGGGCUGCAGGUGCUGAAGCUGGCCGCCGAGGGGGACCCCAGCGUCCAGGCGGAGGGGAACCUGCGCCUGGUGGGCGACUCCCUCUCGGUCCUGACCGCGGAGACCACCUCCACCACGCCCCUGGCCGCCUCCGACAUGUCCACCACCAUCAUGGAGACCACCACCACCCUGGCCACCACCACCACUCGCAGGCAGCGCUCGCCCAGCCUCCGGGAGAGCAUCUCCCAGUCCCAGAAUUCCGAUGACCUUUUGGUGGCAUCUGCAGAGUGUCCCAGUGAUGACGAGGACCUGGAGGAGUGUGAACCCGGGACAGGAGGUGAAUUAGUGUUGCCCAUAAUAACAGUGGAUUCCCUAGAGCCCCCCUCCAUCGCCACCCGUUACCCUGCCAUCCCUCCUCCCACCCUCCUGUCCCCUCUUGAGACCACCAAAGAGUCCCUGCUUCUCUCCAACCCCCACCCCCCCUGCCCUCCGGACCAGGAGGACUGUGGCGACCCCGUGGAGGUCUCAGCCUUCGGUUCGGGGGAGAUGACGGAAUCCGACGACGAGGACUUUUACAAAAAUUCCCCCAUGGUCACUGACAGGACACUCCUUCCCCCCCCCCCCCGCGCGGGAGAGGGCGGGGCCCACAAACCCCACAAGCCCCGCCCCCUCCCGCCUGCUGCUCCCACGACCAAUCCCGACCAGCUCCACAUCCCCGCGGGCAAAAUGAACACCCGCGACCAGGUGCUUCUGCCCCCCGCCCCUCCGUCCUCGCGGAACACCCCGGGACUAACCUACCCACCCAAUUUCCCCCAUGUGCCCACAGCCGAGCCUACAGCCCCUGGGGAGAAGGGUCACCACCCUGGGGCUGUGGAGGUGAUCCGAGAGUCAAGCAGCACCACGGGCAUGGUGGUCGGCAUUGUAGCGGCGGCCGCCCUCUGCAUCCUCAUCCUGCUCUACGCCAUGUACAAGUACCGCAACCGCGACGAGGCCUCCUACCAGGCCGACCAGGGGCACAACUUCAUCAACAACCCCGCCGCCGAGGGCAACGGGGCCGUCGUCAAGGACAAGACGCCGUCGUCGGGCGCCCCGACGGCCGCCGUGGCGAAGAGUGGCACCAAGGGAAAGAAGAACAAAGACAAGGAGUACUACGUCUAGGAGAGCGAAGGAGGGAGGGAGAGAAAGAGAGAGAGAGAGAGACCUUGAAGAGAACACGAACGG